GGAAGAGGAUGGAGACGCGUCCCGCGGGCCUGGUCCAGGCACUGCUGCUCUGCCUAGGUUUCCAACUUCUACAAACGGUUCCCAGCACGACUGUGAUUCCAUCAUGUAUCCCAGGGGAAUCAGAUGACAACUGCACAGCUUUGGUUCAGAUGGAAGAUAAUCCACGUGUGGCUCAGGUGUCCAUAACAAAGUGUGGCACUGACAUGAAUGGCUACUGCUUGCAUGGACAGUGCAUCUACCUGGUGGACAUGAGUGAAAAUUACUGCAGAUGUGAAGUGGGUUACACUGGUGUCCGAUGUGAGCACUUCUUUUUAACUGUGCAUCAACCCUUGAGCAAAGAAUAUGUGGCCUUGACUGUGAUUCUUAUUAUUUUGUUUCUUGUCAUAGUUGCCGGUUCCAUAUACUACUUCUGCAGAUGGUACAAAAACCACAAAAGCAAAAACUCAAAGAAGGAAUAUGAGAGAGUGACCUCAGGGGACCCAGCGUUGUCUCAAGUCUGA